AUGAGCCAUCUGAUAUUCAUCUUCCGAGGUCUUCAAGAAAAGGGCCCAUUUUAUGACGGCGGAAACACACAUAAAAAGGCUUAUUCAACAGGCCAAACUAUCCUAUCCAUGAAUAGACACUUCGGCCGGCCAAAGUUGUCGCAUCAGAGGCUAGCAACACGGCACCAGGCAGCACAACACUUCCAGACACGUGCUGUCGGUGCAGCCGAGCAAGGCCUGAGAGGUACCGGACCGUCCCCCGAAAUGGGUCCCAGAGACGGCCACCCGCACCCCAUGCUCAUCCGGUGCCGCAAGUCAGCGUCAUGA